AUGACAAAACGUAAACGCCACGAUUAUCUGUGCAGCAGUACUACCACCACUACCGACACCGCCAUUACCAUAACUAGUGAUGACAGGGAUGAAACGCCGAAUGAUCAUGAAACUGAAAGGGAGAAAGUUGUUGACGAGAAGGAGCAAUGUGUAAAAGAGGAAGAUUCGGUUGCAAAGAAAACCAAAGAGGAAUGUCAACAACCAGAACAAGAGGACAAAAGCGAAGUUGUCGACCCUCUGCCUGAGAAUGUGAAUCUCACAAACGAUCAACGUAAGGAGACUGUCACCUCUGCAAUUGAGAGUAGCAACACCGCCACCAUCACCACCACCAAACCCGACAACUUUGCCAUUCGGCGAAAGUCCAAUCGCAUUUUGAGCCUUAAAAGGUAUCACCUCAGCAAUGUCGGCUGCUCUUCGAGCUCGUCUGAGGAGCAAACUCCUGCUCAACCGAAGCUCAACAGUGAAACAGCACAAUCAUCUCAGGCUACCUCAACGACUUCCUCUUCUGAUGCCUCAGGUUCAACAGCUGCUGCUGCACCUUCAUCAUCCAUCUCUACAACUUCAUCCGGCAAUGCUCAGCAGAGCAAGGGGGCUCCUCGCAAGGUUCAAGUGUGGACUGCCGAUGACACGAGAUGGUUCUUUGAGGCACUCUGUGAGCACGGAAAGGACUUUCCGCACAUUGUGUCGUACAUUGCCGCUCGGUGCGAGAAGAAGGGCAUUCCCGCCGAGUCGAUCAAGAACUACGAACAGGUCCGCCACUACUACUACCGAAUGUGGCACAAGAUCUCACAGAUGCUGAAGAUUUCAAACGAAGUCGAAAAGGGCGUUCAGGAGCUCUACGGGCUGAUAAACUACGGCGAGCUGUGGAAGAAGUUUGGCAGCAAGUUCGACCUUCGCCUCAGCGCCAGCCUGCAGCAGCUGGUCGACGUCGGCUACACCGUCUUCAAGAUGAAGGGCAAGUCGGUUCGCGUGCGGACGCCCGUGUGCAAUGCCUUGAAGCGGAUUCACAACAUUGACAGCAAAGCUGCGAGCAAGCCGGCGAUGCAACCGAUUCCGAAGGAGAUUGAGGUGGAGCUGCUGCCGGCGACAAAUGCCGACUGGAUGCGCGUCCACUCGCUGGCGCAGAAUCCUCGCCUUCGGACGAGGCUGAGCAUGCAGCAUCGGCUCACCACCCUGAUCUCCUAUCUGGAACGUCGCUGGAGUCUAACUCGAGUCACCCGGAAUGCCGCUAAUCUGCAGUCCCUCACUACCACCGCCGCCGCCGCCGCCGAUGAUGAUGCCUUAACUUCUGCGGCGGUGGAGGAGGGGGAGGGAGCUUUACCUACGAAUUCAUCUGUGAUAGAGAAGGGAGCGGCAAAUGCAUCUGCUGAAACAGCAGAAGCCGAAAGCAGCGGCUCUAAAAGCACCAAAAAGACGGCCAGUCCCUUUGGCAUUCGCCUGCUGCCCACCAGCUCUGAGAAGCUGAUUGAGCGGCUGCAGCUGAAGAGCACCAACCACUCGAUCUCAGUCAGCAACUUUCGCUCCACUACGAACACUAAUGCUCAAACUGAUCUCUCACUCUCGGCGUACCUGAAGAAUCUGUACGCUGAGGGUAACAAUGCUGAUGGUAGUGGAGGUGGCGCAAACAGUGCUGCUGGCAACGAUGCCAAGGGAAAGGGGCAAUUCAAGAUGAGAAAGUACUCGAGAAAGGCGGCGGCUACUACUACUGCCCCGCAAACGGCGGCAGAUACAAAUACCGCUGCUGCCAAAGAGGAUGAAAAUAAAUCAGAGCAGAAAGACAGCUCUGAAUCAAAAGACGAAGAUGAGCCACCUGGAGGGGGAGAGAAUCAGGUGCUGAAUCUCUUCAAGAUGCUCGACUCAAUGAACGCCGAACUGGCGAUGCCGCUCAAGGCGAGCAAAGCUAUUGGUGGUGGUGGUGGCAGCAACAGCAACAAUAGCAGUCCGGAAAAGUCAAGUCCAGAGAAGCCAAAGGACAACCUGCCAAGCACCAGCAGAAGCGAGCAGCUUUCUCCAAGUGAUAACUUUCUGCAGCUCUUUCACCCACCGGAUCACACUACUCUGGGCCAGUGGCUCGCCGGAGAGAAGGGCGAUGAAAUGGAGGAAAAUGAUGCAACCUCUGCUUCUGGCCAGGCGCACUCCAGCAGCACUUCACCACCAGAGACAGCCAAGUCGGGCGGCGGCGGCAAAUCUCGCCGCCGUGGAUCGCUGGACAGCAGCGAGUUUACAGUGCUGACGGCCAACGAGGCGCGACAGGGCUGGACGCUGAAGGAGGCUGAGUCGAUCAGCAUUGGCGAGCUGUACCUGCUCUUCUCGCGUCCGGCUAAGCUCGUUCUCGAGUACUCAUGGGAAGAGUUGAAGGAAGAGGGUGAGCUAAAGAAGGAUGCCGAGGAAGAUGAACAGCAAAAGGCAACAGAAAACAGCGACAAACACUCAACUACCACCGACAUGCUUCAGAAGCUGCUCAUCGCCGCCAACAUCUCACUGGCAAAGCUAAAGAAGCCGGUUAACUCUUUGGCGCAGAUUAGUGCAAACGCCCUAGCCUCCGCCUCAUCCAGUGGACAGACAUCGGGGACAAGUGCUGGUGGUAGUAACAAAGGAAGCAGAAAACGACCGGCCAAGACACAGCUGUCACCACCCACUAUCACCACAACCACCACUCCUCAGUCGUCCCUGCUGCUGUCGAAUUUAAUUCAUGAUACCAUUCUGAUGGACUGCAACAGCAAGGACGCGCCUGUCUUGCUGGCCCCCACCGCCAACAUUGUCACCCUUGAUAACUCCACUGUGAUUGGCGCCGGUCAACAGCAGCCGCAACAGCAGCAACUCAUUGCUCUACCUUCAAAUAGCUUUUCAGCCGAGCAGUUUGUCGCUCCGAAGCGACCAGCUCCUCGAACUACAUCAUUCUCCUCGAGCCAAUCUGCAGCAGGAUCAUCAGCUGCAACAACAACACUGCCGCCCAAGCCAACCGGCGGCAGACUCCGCAACAACCUGACCAUCCUCGAUGAUCCCUCCAAGGUGGAGGUAGCCCUGAGCUCGCUGAAGGACGGCAGCAAGCUGCGACAGCGGCGGUUCAUGCACAAUCUGCAGAGCAAGGUGCUCGGCACGAGCAGCAGCUCGCCGAACAAGCUGCCGCCCAUCAGUGGAAUGGAGCGGAACAACAGCAUCAUCAGCUCCUCUCUCAGCAACGCAAAGCCCAAACAGCCGACAUUUGCUGGGACAACCAUUUGCUUGACAGGCUACCCAGCACCAGCACCACCACCACCACCAAAGCCGAUACUACUUACUACUACUACCACUACUGACCUGCUCUCUUCCAAUCAGCAACUACCUCAAGAGCCACCAUCGACGCAGCUCACUGGCACACUGGCCGGAUGCAAUGCACCGACGUCCAUUGUGGUGCCCUUUAUGACUGCAAAUGCAACGGACAGUUUACCAAUCCAGCCACUGCAAUCGACAGUUUGCCCUCAAGUGCCUUCCAUCGUAAUAUCGCCGCCCACUGCUGAAGCUACUACCACCAACACCGCCUUCUCUGCCAUCAGCGCAGUUUCGAUCUCAUCGGUAUCUAGCGAGGCUAGUCCGGCGGUGCAAAUUCAACCCCUCAACAGCAUAAACUCCAGUAACUUUGUGCAAUUUGUAAAUACCAAUACCAGUGCUAUCAGUACUAGCAGCUCUUCCAAGCUGUCCGCUGAGCCGAGUGAUCAGUCUCUACUAUCAGUCUCCAAGCUGCCACUAAGUGGCCCCUCGGUGGUGUCCUUGUCCGAAGAGCUGUCAGGCAACAACAACUCACAGUUUUCCUGGUUCAAUGAACACAACACCGACUCGAUGAGUUCCCUCUUGGCAGCCUGUGAUAUCGUCGUCGCCAAUGAGGAACUGCAGCGGACAACGACGGCGACAGGCGUCGAAAGUGUCGGACUGUCGCUGUCCAAUUCAGAGUUUGAUAAUCACGUAAAUGCCAUGGUGAACGAUAACUCGGUGGAUCUAAUGGCAAAGUUUGCCGACCUAGCGGCGCACAUUUCCGCCGACUCCCGGCACGCUUUAUAA